AUAGCAAUUAAACGCAAACAUACGUCAAACACGAAAUUGGCGAUUUCGCUGCGAUCUCGUAUUUUCUUUUAUUUCUCAAUUAUUAACAUGAAUAAAAGCUAAUUUAUAUUAUAUCAUUAUGGAGGUUAUUGUUGCUAAUGUAGAUCAUAUAAAGUUUGACAUCGAUUAUGCACUGGAGGAGCAAUUUGGUGCAUUACCGCUGCCGUUCCCCGGAAUGGAUAAAUCAACGGCAGCGGUAUGCGAAUUUUUCAGCCAACCGGGUGGAUGUAGUAAUGGGCCGCAGUGCCCAUACAGGCACGUCCGCGGGGACCGCACAGUGGUCUGUAAACAUUGGCUACGUGGCCUCUGCAAGAAGGGAGACCAGUGUGAAUUCUUGCACGAAUAUGACAUGUCCAAAAUGCCUGAGUGCUACUUCUACGCGAGAUUCAAUGCAUGCCACAAUAAAGAAUGUCCAUUUCUUCACAUAGACCCUGAAAGCAAAAUUAAAGACUGUCCUUGGUACGACCGUGGUUUCUGCAGACAUGGACCACACUGUAGACACAGACAUGUUCGCAGAGUGUUCUGCAUGAACUAUCUUACUGGUUUCUGUCCUGACGGUCCCAGCUGCAAGUACAUGCAUCCCCGAUUUGAGUUGCCCGCUCCACCAGAGCAAACUAAGGAUGCUAAGCGGCUCCCUGUGUGCCACUACUGUUCAGAAGUCGGACAUAAAGCUACUACUUGCAAUAAGAUUCCUCAAGAGCAAAGAGAAGCAGCCCAGAAACAAGAGGAGGCGAGAUACCGCGCCCUCGGGUAUGUGAAGGCUGUUGACAAUGAUGACCCUAACCAGAACAACCAAGGACCAAGAAUCCCUCGUAUGAUGCACAAGCCACUUGAAGAGGUCACUUGCUUCAAAUGCGGCACUAAAGGGCACUACGCUAACAAAUGCCCGAAGGGACACUUGGCAUUCCUCUCCAGCCAAAAUCAACAUAACCAACAUAAUAAUUCACACAAUAACCACCAUAACAAUCCCCAUCACCAUCCCCAUAAUGCAUUCAAGAAACCCAAUUAGUUAAGAUUGAAACCAGGAUUAUCAAGUGAACUUUAUUGGUAAGGUGAGAGUGAUAUCUGCAAAGGACAGUUAGGAACAGAUUUUAUAAUGAAAGAAUAAAAUUGAGAUGAAGUUAGUUUGGAUCUUCUUAAAAACAUUUACACAUAAACAAAUCUCAGGCUAUUAGCCUCGAUGUUAUACAAUAAUAGAACAAUGGUUAGGACAUUAGAGUUAUGUUUCAGAAUAAAAUGUUCCAAACAAUAACAA